AUGCGAGGGUCUAUUCUCGCCUAUCUCUGGGGCACCGCCCACCUAGCAACAGCGGUGCCCGCCGAUACGCAACACGUCCUCGCGCCAGCCCCCGACAUUCCGAGCGUGUGGGCCCAACAUGGCGAUUACACCGUUCCUGAUGCUGUCCUGGCUGCGCUGCACGAGUAUCCCGACCCGGUCGCGGCCUUUGUUGCUCUUCACCCUGAAGCUGAAGCGGUCAUGGCCGAGCCUCGUCUCUUGCAAGUUAUCGGCGAUUCGAAGCCAGAAUGGAGGACCGAGGGAGAUAAGCUGCGUCUGCGAAGACAGGUGAAGAAAUUCAUAGAUAUUACCGAUCAUGCGGAUUUCUAUGCGGAGCUGGUGCAUGAGGCGUCGGCUGGAAAGCCAAAUCUUCCUGAUCUGGUACAUGAGUCGCUUGUCCGGCCUCUAUUCCCUAAAGUUGACACCGGACGAAUGCUCGAUGUCCUCGAGCACAUGACCGGCUACUACAACCGCUACUUCAAUGACAUCCAUGGGGAACUGAGCUCGGAGUGGCUUCAUGACCAUAUUGCCCAGGUAAUCAUUCCAUCCUCAAACUCAGCAGCUACAUACCAAGACGGUGCUAACAUUCAAUCAACUAAGAUCAUCGCCAAAUCUCCCCAUCGCACUCACAUCUCGCUGGAAUAUUUCACCCACCCCUUCCGCCAAUCAUCAAUCAUCGCCCGCUUCGAGCCCAAGGUUCGCAAUUUCUCCGCGCCAUUGACCAUCCUCGGCGCGCACCAGGACUCAGCCAACUAUCUCUUCCCGCUCCUGCCUGCGCCCGGCGCGGACGAUGACUGUUCCGGCACCGUCAGUAUCCUCGAGGCAUUCCGGAUUCUGGCUGAGACUGGGUAUACCCCCCAGAAUGGCCCGGUCGAGUUUCACUGGUAUGCUGCUGAAGAAGGGGGAUUGCUGGGUAGUCAGCAUAUUGCCCGGUACAAGAAAGAGCAGGGCGCGCGGAUUGGGGCGAUGAUGGAAUUUGACAUGACAGCGUUCAUUGCUCGGAACGCAACGGAGACUAUUGGCUUUAUAGCAACCCAGGCGGAUGAUGCACUCACAAACUGGACAGUGAGCCUGAGCAAGAAGUAUAUCUCGAUUCCUGCCAAGGUCUACGACCUCCCCGGAGGCGCUGGCUCGGACUACAUGUCCUACACGCAACUCGGUUACCCGGCUGCUUUUGCUUCUGAGGGAAACCCCAAGGCUGGUGGUAACUUCCCCGGCGAAUUCGACCCGUAUGUCCACGGGGUGUGCGACACUAUGUGGGUUGACGAUGAGACGGGUUCUUUCUCAGUUGAUCAUAUGGCACGAUUCACAGAGUUGGCGAUUGCCUUUGUGGUGGAGCAGUCUGGGUGGGAUAACAAAUGGAGGUAA